AUGGCUGCCACCAAGGACGCCCGCACGUGCAGCAGCAGCAGCGACGACGACUCACCACCACCAUCGACCGCCCUCCUCCCACCUUCAUCAUCACCUCUUCCCCCCACCGAGGAAACGGCGCUGCUCAUGCACCGCGAGCGCGAAGAUGGCGUGCAGGUCACGGCCGAGCAAGGAGUGCGCGACAUGGAGGCGAUCCGGCGCGUGUGGACGCCCAAGGUGGUCGUCGCCCUGUACCUGUGCAUCCUGCUCGUCAUCUUCGGCACCGGACUGGAGUCGCAGGCCAGCUCGAACCUGCUGCCGUACGCCACGAGCGAGUUCUCCGAGCACGCCCUCGUCUCCACCGUCGGCAUCUCGUCCAGCUUCAUCGCCGGCGUGGCGAGGAUCCCGACGGCAAAGCUGGUCGAUCUCUGGGGCCGUGGUGAGGGUUUUGUCUUGAUCAAUGUUACGGUGUACGUGAUUGCUCAGGUCUUUUAUGCCGUCGGGACUGACAGUGCGAACUACAUCCUAUACGUAAUCAUGGCCGACGUGUCGAGCCUGCGGAACCGUGCGCUGGCCUUUGGCUUUUCCACGACGCCUUAUCUGCUUACCGCAUUUGCCGGGCCUGCGAUUGCUCAAUGGUUCCAGGAGAACAGCACGUGGAGAUGGGCGUACGCUACCUUUGCCAUUACCACCCCACUCUUGAGCGCCCCGCUCGCCCUUAUCCUCUUCGCCAGCAAACGCAAGGCUUAUAACGAAGGCCUUAUCCGACCGGCCCGUCUUCAACAAAAAGAUGUCUCCACGAAGCAUCGGCUCCGCCGACUGGCCGUGGAGUUCGACGCCGUCGGCGCCACGCUCUUCACCACAGGCCUCGCCCUCGUCCUCAUCCCCCUCAGCCUGCAAUCGCGCUACCACGCCAGCGCCGACGAUGGCAGCAGCAGCGCCUUUCUCUCGCCCUCCCUCGUAACCAAAUCCCUCGCCGGCCAAGCCAGCCUCCUCCUCUUCGCUUUCUGGGAAACGCGCUACGCCGCCGUCCCGCUCAUCCCGUACCGCGUCGUCGCCAACCGCACCGUCGCCGCCUCGUGCGCGCUCUGCUUCGCCUGCCUCGUCGCGACGGGCGCGUACCACACGUACCUCGCCUCUUUCCUGCAGGUCGUCCACCGCCUGCCCAUCCGCGACGCCGGCUACGUCGCCAACAUCGCCAGCAUCACGACGUGCCUGUGCGGCGUCAGCGUCGCCUGGCUCAUCCGCACCACGGGCCGCUUCAAGAUCUGGGGCGUGCUGGCGCAACCCGUCCGCGCUGCGGGACUGCUGGGCUUGAUUCCGGUCGUGGCAAGGGGGGAUGGCGCGGAGACGCGCGCGCUGGUGGCGGCGCAGUUCGCGGUCGCGGUCGCGGGCAGCAUGCUGGUGGCGGCGAACAACACGGCGGUGAAUGCGGCGGUGGCAAGGGACGAUGUGGCGGUCACGAUCGCGGUGAUGCUGCUGUGCUCGAGCGUGGGGAAUAGCGUUGGGACCGCCGUCGCGGGUGUGGUGUGGGCGAGCGACAUGCCGCGCCUGCUGCACGAGUACCUGCCCGCCGCCAGCAAGCACCUCGCCCUCGAGAUCUACGGGAGUUUGCGGAAGCAGUUGGAGUUUGCGGAUGGGACACCGGAGCGCGCGGCCAUUGUGAAGGCGUACAGCGUGACGGAGACGCGGCUGUGUUCGUAUGCGGCGCUGAGUGUGCCGGUCGUCUGCGCGUGCGUGCUGGUGUGGAAGAAUCUGCCGGUUGGGGACGAGAUGCAGGUCGACGACGAGCACGUUGAUUGA